GUUUUCUCGGCCGGGGCCCCGCUUUCGCUUUCGUUUCCUCCCAGCCGCCCCAGCCCCGAGGAGCGAGUCCGGCGGGGCCCGUGACCGCCGCCCGCGUCCGCGCUAGCCGCGCUCCGACGGCCAUGGCCCAGGCCGCGGUGGCGGUGGCCGAGGUGACCCAGGUGCUGUGCGCGGCGGGGGGCGCCCUGGAGCUGGCCGAGCUGCAGCGGCGCCUGCGGAGCAGCCUGGGCGCCGACGCGCUGGAGCGGCUGCUGCGGGACCGCGGGCGCUUCGUGGUGGCCUCGCGGGCGGGCGCGGGCCGGGCGGCGGCGGCGGCCUCGGAGCGCGUGGUGCUGGCCGUGUCGUCGCUGCGGCUGUGCCGCGCGCACCAGGGCCCCAAGCCGGGCUGCACCGGGCUCUGCGCACAGCUGCAUCUCUGCAAGUUCCUCAUCUACGGCGCCUGCAAGUUCCUGAGGACCGGGAAGAACUGUAGAAAUGGUCACAACUUGAAGACUGAUCACAACCUGAGUGUGCUGAGAACUCAUGGUGUUGACCACCUCACCUAUAGUGAGCUUUGCCAACUCUUGGUUCAGAAUGACCCAUGGCUUUUACCAGAAAUCUGCCUGCAUUACAACAAAGGCGAUGGACCAUUCGGCUCCUGCUCCUUCCAAAAGCAAUGCAUUAAGCUCCAUAUCUGCCAGUACUACUUACAGGGAGAAUGCAAGUUUGGCACUAGUUGUAAGCGGUCUCACGAGUUAACCAACUCUGAGAAUCUGGAGAAAUUGGAGAGGUUGGGUUUAAGCUCUGACCUGGUGAGCAGGCUGCCCUCUACUUACCGGAAUGCAUAUGACAUCAAGAAUAAGGGCUCAGCCCUCAGCAAAUCUCCUGCAGGUCCACAAGGGACUUCUGAAAGAAAAGAUGGUUCAGGUUCUGUGUCAACAGGCACUCCUAGCCAAGAGGAGAGUGAUCAGAUUUGUCUGUACCACAUUCGGAAAAGCUGUAGCUUUCAAGACAAGUGCUGUCGAGUUCAUUUUCAUUUGCCAUAUCGAUGGCAAUUCUUGGAUGGAGGCAAAUGGAAGGAUAUGGACAACAUGGAGCUUAUUGAAGAGGCAUAUAGCAAUCCCAGUAGAGACAGUAUUGUGUACACAGAGGCAGCUGCUGGCUUUCACUUUGAUAAAUUAGACUUUGAUUCCUUGAAGUUCGGUAGUACUGUGGCUCGCCGACUCUCCACAGCUUCUUCAGUCACCAAACCCCCACAUUUCAUCCUUACUACUGAGUGGAUUUGGUACUGGAUGGAUGAGUUUGGUUCUUGGCAGGAAUAUGGACGACAAGGCACAGUGCACCCUGUGACCACCAUCAGCAGCAGUGAUGUGGAAAAGGCUUACCUGGCAUUCUGUGACCCAGGAGCUGAUCCCCAGGCAGCCACCUUGAAGUUCCAGGCUGGAAAACACAACUAUGAGCUAGAUUUCAAAGCCUUUCUGCAGAAAAACGUUGUAUAUGGCACUGUCAGAAAGGUUUGCCGAAGACCCAAGUAUGUGUCUCCUCAGGAUGUGCAGAUGAAGCAGUCCUGCAAUACUAAGUUCCAAGGCUCAAAGAACAUCCCAGACUACUGGGACCCUACAGCCCUGCCGGACCUGGGAUUUAAGAAGAUCAUUCUCAGUUCUUCCUCAGAAGAGUAUCAGAAGGUGUGGAACCUCUUCAACCAUACACUACCUUUCUACUUCGUUCAGAAGAUUGAGCGGAUCCAGAACCUGGGCCUGUGGGAAGUCUACCAGUGGCAAAAAGGGCAGAUGCAGAAGCAAAAUGGGGGGAAGGAAGUAGAUGAGAGGCAGCUGUUCCACGGUACCAGCACCAACUUCAUAGAUGCCAUCUGCCAGCAGAACUUUGACUGGCGGGUCUGUGGUCUGCAUGGCACCUCAUAUGGCAAAGGAAGCUACUUUGCAAGAGAUGCUGCCUAUUCCCACCACUACAGCAAAUCCGACACACACUCCCACUCCAUGUUCCUGGCCCGGGUGCUGGUGGGAGACUUCGUCAGAGGCAACGCUGCCUUUGUCCGCCCUCCAGCCAAGGAAGGCCAGAGCAAUGCCUUCUACGACAGCUGUGUAAAUAGCAUGUCCGACCCAACCAUCUUUGUAGUUUUUGAGAAGCACCAGAUCUACCCCGAGUACCUCAUCCAAUAUUCUACCUCCUCAAAGCCCCCAGCUGGACCCUCUAUCUUUGUUGCCCUGGGCUCCUUGUUCAGCAGCCGACAGUGAGUGUGGCCAGGACACAUUAGGCCUUAAUGGCACAUCUGUCUGGAAGAGCUGUUCAGAAAGUCUUUCUUAUUUUAACAAAACUUUUAAUGAACUCUUGUUUAAUGUUGGCUUCUCAGUGAAGUUACCUUUUUUUUCUCCCUCCCCAGUGCUGGGGAUGGAACCCAGGGCCUUGUGCUUGCUCGGUAAGCACUCUACCACUGAGCUACACCCCCAGCCCUUUUAAAAUGCUUUUAUUAUGAGGCAGGGUUUGCUAAAUUACAUUCUGCCUCAGUCUCCUGGGCAGCUGAAAUUACAGGCCUAUGUUACCAGGCCUGACUUGAAGCCACAAACUUAAUCUCUGGCUGAUAAAAGUUUCAGUUUUUAGGUCCUUUCAGGUUGGCUUAUGAUCUCACCAGUAAUGAUUGUGAGCCCAGGUUUGCCUUUUAAUAAUGUUAGCAUUGUAUUUUAACUCUUGAUUGACUUUGAUGUUUAUAAAGACCAAGCACAGAAUUUCUACGUACUGUUUUAUGGAUUUGUUAAAACUUUAGGAGUUUAUGUCUCUGUAACAAUUCUGGUUUUGGAGGGUUUUGUGGUCCAUUUUGCUUUUUGUCAGAGUAACAUAGUGGCCUUUAGGGAAGGGAACUAGAGGGAUGACCUCAGCAGUCACUUUUGCCCACUGCUUUGUCACUAACCCAGGCAAUUUUUGGUGUAAAUGGAGCACAAUUCCCUCUGGCAGAGACAUAGACAUAGAUGAGUGUCCCCCUGAGUCCUGGGCUUGGCCCACAAGUGCCUGUACCCAAAUCCCUUAAGCACACUGGACACCUUCCAGGUUUGGAUUUUAUGUCCCAAUGAGAUUGCCAGUGCUGCAAAUGUCACAUGAGAGUAUGGAAAUAAAACACUAUCUGGAGUAGAUGAA